AUGGGUCGGGCACAGACAGUAACCACCACGCAAGCCAAGACAGGGAAGUUUGCGCCCAUCCGGGUUCGUUCCUUGGAGGCUCAAUUGAUGUCAAGUUCACGUCAAUAUGCACGCAUGCGCAGAGCACGAAAUCCCAAUGUCAUCUUUGGUGACUUGAAGGCAGCGCCAAGCAAUGAAGUUGACUACUUGUUGAGGCCUUUGAGUGCCACUGUAGUUGAGAUUCGAAGUGAGGAUCAUGCUGUUGUUCUGUCUCAUCCGCAACCGUGGGAUGACACCAAACCCAUCGUCUGCCAUGGGUUGGCUUUGCCUGUUAUUCAUGCUGAGGAAGACUGCCUGUGGUUGCAAGACAUUGACGCAGUGUCACGAGCGGAUGUUGUUACCCAACUUCACUGCACCGGAACAAAGGAGGACCUUGAAGCUGCAUUUGCCCAGGCUUGGAAAGCACGGUGGGAUCGACACCGGGAUGUGCCUUUUGAGCGGUGGAACGUCAUCCUGGAUUUCGCACGUAGGUUCUUGCCCCGGCGCCAGCUUCGUUGGCCGAGCAUCACUCCUGAAGAGUUAGACACUUUGUACGGCAGUAGGGCUGCGAGAUAUGCCGGGCAGGUGUGGAGCCAGCUUCUCUGGGCUGUGGAAGCAUUCAUUGAAGCGUUGGACCUUCUUUUGGAUCAGAAGAAAACUUUUGUGUGGUCCACUAGCAGCCAGGGCCGCCAGUGCCUUCGGGACCAGGGUUUUACAGUGGUUGACAGUUGCCGCAUGUUAGGAGCACAUGUCCAGACAACUCGCAAGCAUACCAAUGCUACUCAGAUGGUUCGUAUCCAUGCACUGCAGUCCAUGUGGCCUAAACUGAAGUUGUCCGCGUCGCCGUAUGAACUGAAGAUCCGUGCAAUCCGUGUUGCUGCCUGGCCUAAGGGCUUGCAUGCCAUUGCUUCCACUACGGUCUCGCUGCAAACAUUCUCCAAUUUGCGGUCUGGUGCCAUGAAAGGUUUAGCUGCUGAUGGGUCGGGAUGCAAUGCAAUGGUGCAUCUUGGUAUGGUAGAACGGCCAGCCACAGAUCUGCACUUUUGGACAGUUUUGCAUACCCUACGAAUGGUCAGGGACUGUGGUGUACCAGAAGUUGUCCAUCCUGCGUUGUGGGAGUUGGCUCGUGGGAAUCAAGAGUAUGCCACCAAUGGGAUCUCAGCUACACUGCUGACCCGUCUCCAGUUGCUGGGGUGGCACAUCCUGUCACCUACGUUGGUAGUGGAUGAUUUUGGCAGCUUUUCCCUGUUGGCCAUUUGUCUUGCGGAGCUGCAGUGGAGGAUGGAAUGGGCUUGGGUUAAGGUUGUGGCCGCCCAUGUGUCCCACAGACCUGGUUUUGCUGCUUUGGAGUGUGUUGAUCCAGUCCGCACCAGGCAAUGGCUGGCCAAGUUGAUCUUACUAGGUGCUGAUGUGAAGAUCAAUUCCCCCAAUGCUGACCUGUGGACCUUGAUUGCAGAGGACGUGAUUGCCGGGACCCAAAUCCAAAUCACGAAAGUGUUAGCACAUCGUGAUGUCUCUGCCGCGAACUCGCCUUUGGAAGAGUGGUGUUUUCUCCACAACCAGUAUGCGGAUAGAGCUGCUGCAAGGGCUAAUGAGUGCCGUGAUGCAUCUUUCUGGCCGCUGUUGGCUCGACAUGCGAGUGCGUGCAGGAGUGUUGAUGAGUGGAACACCACUAUUCAACAGGUUCUUUUGUUGGUUAGCCGGAAAGUCCUGUAUCAGGCCAGACCGUUGGAUCCCGUUGAACCAGUUCCAUCAGAGUCCCUUCCUCUGCCAAGGUGGAAACCGUUGCCUCCUUUACCAAGCCCUCCGGGGGGAGCCAUCAGAUGGUAUGGAUGUGCCAUUGUGACCAAGUUGAUGAGGUGGUUUUGGGACGCAGUUGAGUGUGAACUGGGACAGAUGGCAUGGGUAUCUAAUGCGCAGCUUUACAUGGUCUUUGCUCUGACAACUGGAGAAGCGGGCCCUGUUCACAUUCAUGGCUGGAGGGAUAGUGCAGACAUGCCGCUUCAUGCACUGAGGAGCAUUGGGUUCAAGGAGCGAGUCAGGUGGUUUGGCAAGGUCCUGCGUGAGACUCUACGACACGCUGGUGUUUAUGUGACUUCCAGAUACUGCCGACCUGCCAGUCACAUGAUUUGCAUGCACGCAAGCUGUUUCGGGGCUCCGUGGGAUCCUGGGCUACUUGAUGCCGUAGACAGAUGGAUGAUGAGAUUUUCGCGAGCUCCCUUUCGACGCCAGUCAAGGGAGCUCGACAGGUACUUCCAAGGCCUCUACUCUGCGCCAGAGGGCAAGUCUUCCUCUGCAUGUGCUGGCCGCGCUUAUUCACCCAGCGGAGAGUUCCUGGCGAUGGACUCCCCUCAGCAGGCCGAGGGUCGCUGGAGCGCCAAACUCCGCAGCACGCGGAAACCACCAGAGCCAAGCGUGAUCCAGUACAUGGUCACCCAAGCAGCUUCCAUGAAAGCUGCCGGGGAGGCCACCCUGAGCUUCAGCGCAGCAGGGAACUUCUGGGAGGCGACAAUGGAAAUGGACUUGCCAUCCAGCAUGUCAGGAGAUUUGCAGAUCAUCGCCAUGCACAGCGCGGCGAACCUUCCGACUCUAGCUGCCUCGGCGAAGUUUUCAAGGCCUCUGAUGCUUCCCUUCAAUCUCAGCUGCAGUUUCUCCAAACAAGAGGUUUUGCCCGGAGAGGAUCUCACAGUGCAGCUGCAGGCCACGACGGGCCAAGCUGGGCGCGCCUUUGUCGCCUCCCUGGACCGCUCGGCGGAGCUGCUGGGAAAGCGCGCCGCGGUGUCGCAGUCCUCAAUCCUUGCUUCAUUGCAAAGCAAAAGCGACGCAAAAGCUGCCACGCCAGUGGCAGGGAAAGCAUGGCGCCACUGUGUGCGCGGUGAUGAUCUCAUGGUGCGGAUGCCCGGGGAUGAUGGCGAAGAAGUUCCUGGAAUCCUCUUCAAUUUGGAGCUCAUCACUGCAAGCGAUGUCAGCGACAUAGUGAGAUGCUUCAGAGUGGAGAAAAAAAUCAGUGACUACGCCACCAGGAUCAACAAGGUGUGUCGCGGGAUGGCAAGCUGUGCAAAUGUUCCGAUGGAUCACCAUCGCAGACCCGCAACCCCUGCUGGACGGUGUGCCCGCCUCCCCGAGGCCGGGCGGCCACAGUCGCAAACCCGGUGCAGCUUGAGAGGGUGA